AGCCAGCGGUAUUGUACAAGUACAUCAGCGAGAGAGUCAGAAGACUGCCCGUGUGAAAGGCAUCAUAGGCAGCCGGAACUUGGGUGUAAAGUUUGACUUUCGACACCCAACAUCCACACCCCUCUGUGUCCACACAUACGGAAGGUGAGCGCGUGUACUGCCACCUUUUUUGUCUGUACCAGGCUGAACAAAUCAUUUGAGGCACUGGUUGCGUUCAGAAGUGCCUGGGAUCAGUUCCAGGACUUGAAUAAAUACCAUCAGCAGGAGCUGGGCGAAGGCUGAGAGCACCAGACCUCGGCUCAGAGGACCACUCGGCAUGUGACGAGCCGUCUCGUUUCACCGAGGGUGAGAGACCACGCCCUCAGGGAUCGUCCCCCGUGGAAGAACAUCCGGAGACGGAGAAAUAUAGUGACAGCGACAAGGAGGAAGAUGACCCACACCAUAAGCGAGGCAAGGGGAAGAAGGGUAAAAGGUCCAGCUUUGGCUGUGGAUUUGACCGCCGCUCGACCCCAAAGAUGAGCAAACUGAAGGAAGCGUAUAGCCCAGAGUCAGGGAUGAUCGUAAAAACAGCCCAAGAUGGAGGUGCAGAAGGUCUUAUCUAUGGCGGAGGUGGUAAAGACGGCAUCUUCAUCAAAGAAGUGGUACCAGAAUCGCCUGCUUCUAAAAGUCUACAACUCAAAGAAGGAGAUCAGCUUCUGAGUGCCACUGUCUAUUUUGACAAUGUGUCAUAUCAGGACGCUAUUCAAAUUCUGGAGCAUGCUCAGGCUUACAAAGUGAAGCUCUGCCUAAAACGCAAACCCGACAUCACAGAGACGGAGCCCCUCGCUGAGUCUGACAUCAUUCCUGAGGAUGAAACCUUCACUCCAGAGAUGCGAGAACAUGGGAAAUCCAAGAGACGAGGUGAUGCACGCAUUUCCUGGCCUAAGUUUCCCUCCUUAGGGAGAGGGAAGAAGUCGCGUUUUGCAAGGUCUCACAGUUCUUCUGAGGCUGAUGAGCAGAGAAAGUUGGAGCUGAGUCCAACCACAAGUGACACAGAGUCCCCAAUAAAGACUCAAGACGCCCUUAAAGGCAAGAAACGGCAUAAGAUGAAGCUUCCAUCUCUAACAAAGAGAGGUCGCGUUAGCUCAUCUGAGGAUCAGGACACUGAUCCACCAACAUGCACACAAGAAGCAGCAGAACUGCUCUCACCUGAAGGCCUUCAAAGCCCCGUAGGAACGAGGCCUGAAGUGCAUCGAAAAGAAGAGAUAACUCUGGUAGAAGAUUCUGAUUCAAAAGUGACUAAACCUCUUGCUCUUCAACACAAGGUAGAGCUCAUUGCUAUAGACAGUGCGUUGAAAACAACCGAUCUAACGGUGGCUCUUACGGGUCAAGAAAGCCCUACUGGACCACUGUCUCCUGAUGGUAAGAAAAAGAAGAAAGAAAGGUCUGAAUUAAAAAUGAAAAUAAUGGGGAAGGACAAAUCAAACAAGAAAGAGGCAAAAGCAAAAUCACCCAAAAGGCUCAAAACACUGGGCGCGAGUUUAGAAAUAGCAGACCUAGGCAUUGUCAGAGGGGAUCAGCGCGAGCAAAAGACUGAAAUUGAACAAACAUCCCCGUGCAAAGGCAAAAGUAAAAAAAGAACCCUACUCCCCAAGCGUGAAGACAUUGAAAUCCCUGGUAUGGAGGACAUGUCGCGAAGGACACAAGUCAAAGGAGCCCACGAUGAACUACCAGAAACAGUGCAACUCUCAAUUGAUGUGGAUAGCGUGAAAGAGGCUGUUUCAAAGUUGCCAGGAUAUAAAUUGCCAAAGGUGGAUAUGUGUGGAGUACCUAUUCCUGACGAAAUCACUGUGAUAGAUGCCAAUGCUCAGAGAAUAUCAGUGAAAACACCCACUAAAUUUGCUGAUGGCAAAACAAAACAGGAGGCACCCAUCAGUAAGGCAGAGGAAGAGGACGCUUCCACUCCAGAAUUAUCCAAGACUUCUUUCAAGGUACCAAAGAUCAAACCGAGUGACUUAAGUUCAGAAGAUGUUUUAAUCGUGACCCGGAUGGACCCAUCAAAUACAGAAACGACACAAGAGUGCCAACCUCCGCUCGACUCAAAAGAAUCUGAUAAGAAAUCAAAGACGGCAAAGAUAGUUUUGCCGAGCAUCGGGUUUUCAAAGGCAGGCUUUAGAAUCCCUGAGGUCGGAAUGUAUUUACCAAAGCCAAAUAUUUCUGGGCCCAAGGAUAAUGAUGUGAAAGGAGAAAGAACUAUAUUCCUCCAAGAAGAAAUAAGAGAAGAAGGCAUUACGUCCGCUUCUGUGAUAAGCACUGGUGAACUUGAAUACAUCGAUUCGGCAGAAUCCCCCGUUGAGAGGGAACUUGAUGGAAAAAGAAGCCCAUUACAAAACCUGAAAUUCGAAGUAUCAUUACCAAAGUUAAGAGCUCCACAAAUUGAUUUAAGCUUGUCAAAAACUGAUGGAAAGGUCAAAUCACCUGAUGCUCAAUUAGGCGCAUACAAAUAUAUUCCGGAAGAGAAGAUGGCAGUUGACAUUGCAGGGUUGCCCGGAGAUCAGGAAGCAAAAGGACGUAAGUUUAAAAUGCCGCAAUUUGAUUUCACAAUACCGGAAAUCACUGGACCACAACUCAAUGUAAACAUUUUCAAAAAAGAGGAGGGUGUGAAAAAGCCAGAUCCUGAACCAGAGGUACAAAUCAAAGAAGCGUUAGAUGUGGAUUUAAGUCCCGUAAAAGCACAGGCAUCGCCACAGAAAGACAAAACACCCGAACAUCUUCUGUCUGGGGUUGAACUUGAUGGACACAAAGCCAAAUUUCAAAUGCCACAUUUUAAAGUUAAAGGACCUGAUGUUGAUUUUGGUUUAUCCGAGGAAGGUGGAGAUGCUACUGUGCCAAAGGCCAAGGUUGAUACCAAUGUUGAUAUUCCAAGAAAGGACCUUGGAUUUAACGUUUCCGCACCUAGCGUGGAAAUUGAAGGACCUCUAAUAGACGUGAAGACUACGGAUGCUGAUCAGGAUGGAAAAGGCGGCAAGUUCAACAUGCCACAUCUCAGUUUCCCCAUGCCCAAGAUAAAAGGACACGAAACAGAAAAGGGCACCAGGGUGACAACACCGGAAGCUAAGGUUGAUGUCCAAAAGCCAGAUACUCCCAAAAUUUACACUAGUGAGGCCGAAGUUAAACUUUUUGUACCACCAGCGUGUGAGGUAAAAAUGGAUGGACAGAGAAUGAAGUUGAAAAUGCCAAAGUUCGGAGUAAAAAUGCCAAAACUCAAAGGGCCUGAAAUUGAGUUUGACUUAAAAAAGAAAGAUAUUGAUGUCAAUCGUCUGGUAACUGAUGAAACAAUUCCACAGACUCCUAAACUAAACGUAAAUAUUGGACAAACUGAUGGAUUACAGACAGAGGUUGACAUUAAAAAACCCGAUUUACAAAUGCAAGCUUUCAAAUCUAAUUUUGAGCAGAGUGACAAAAACCUAAAGGAAAAUGUUGACAUCAAAUGUCCAGAUGUUCCCACACUUGAUCUUGGAAAAGUGAAUAUUGGGACUGCAGAGGUGAAAAUGGAAGAACAUGAGAUUGAUACUGAACCUUUGUAUGCUGAGAUUGAAUUUAAAGGAGGCAAGUUUAAAAUGCCAAAAUUUGGCAUCUCCAUGCCAAAGAUGAAAGCCCCCGACAUUGAUAUAAGCUUCUCAAAGAAAGAUGGAGAGAUCCAACUCCCGGAAGCUGAAGUUGAGCUCCCCGAUGUUGACGUGAAACUACCAUCAGCUAAAGUGGAAAUAGAAGGUCCUGAGGUUGAUUUUCAACCAAGUAGUGUUGAAGGAUCAUCAUCAAAAUUUAAAUUGCCAAGAUUCAAAUUACCAAAAUUGGGUGUCGCUUUACCUCAGGUCAGUGUGGAAGUACCUGAUACAGAAAAAGAGAUCAAGGUGGAAGGAACAGAUGUAAAAUCACCAGAAUUAAAAGUGGGAGCUAAAAUUCCUGAUGUUGCUCCAGAUGUUGAUGUGAAAAUAGAUGGUCAGGAGAGCAAGUUCAAAAUGCCCAAAUUUGGUAUCGCCAUGCCGAAAAUGAAAGGACCCGACUGUGAUAUAAGCUUAUCAAAGAAAGAUGGACACAUGAAAUUCCCGGAAGCUGAACUUGAGCUCCCCGAUGUGGACGUGAAACUACCAUCAGCUAAAGUGGAAAUAGAAGGUCCUGAGGUUGAUUUUCAACAAGGUAGUGUUGAAGGAUCGCCAUCAAAAUUUAAAUUGCCAACAUUCAAAUUACCAAAAUUGGGUGUGCCGUUACCUCAAGUCAGUGUGGAAGUACCUGAUAUAGACAAAGAGACCAAGGUGGAGGGAGCAGAUGUAAAAUCACCAGAAUUAAAAGUGGGAGCUCAAAUUCCUGACGUUGCUACAGAUGUUGAUGUCAAAAUGAAAAGAUCCAAAUUCUCAUUCCCUAAAUUCUCAUUAACAAAGCAAAGUAGCAAAGAGUCAGAAGUUGAGAUUGAUCACCCAGAUGUUGAUGUUUCGAUUCCAGCAGGGAAACUGGAAAUCACUUCACCAGAAGUAGAGUUUCAAUCACCAGAUGUUGAUGUGAAAAUAGAUGGUCAGGAGAGCAAGUUCAAAAUGCCAAAAUUUGGUAUCGCCAUGCCGAAAAUGAAAGGACCCGACUUUAAUAUAAGCUUAUCAAAGAAAGAUGGAGACAUCAAAUUCCCGGAAGCUGAAGUUGAGCUCCCCGAUGUUGACGUGAAACUACCAUCAGCUAAAGUGGAAAUAGAAUGUCCCGAGGUUGAUUUUCAACCAGGUAGUGUUGAAGGAUCGCCAUCAAAAUUUAAACUGCCAACAAUCAAAUUACCUAAAUUGGGUGUGGCUUUACCUCAGGUCAGUGUGGAAGUCCCUGAUGUGGACAAAGAGAUCAAGGUGGAGGGACCAGAUGUAAAAUCACCAGAAUUAAAAGUGGGAGCUAAAAUUCCUGAUGUUGCUACAGAUGUUGAUGUCAAAAUGAAAAGAUCCAAAUUCUCAUUCCCCAAAUUCUCAUUAACAAAGCAAAGUAGCAAAGAGUCAGAAGUUGAGAUUGAUCACCCAGAUGUUGAUGUUUCGAUUCCAGCAGGGAAACUGGAUAUCACUUCACCAGAAGUAGAGUUUCAAUCACCAGAUGUUGACAUGAAAAUAGAUGGUCAGGAGAGCAAGUUCAAAAUGCCAAAAUUUGGUAUCGCCAUGCCAAAAAUGAAAGGACCCGACUUUGAUAUAAGCUUAUCAAAGAAAGAUGGAGACAUCAAAUUCCCGGAAGCUGAAGUUGAGCUCCCCGAUGUUGACGUGAAACUACCAUCAGCUAAAGUGGAAAUAGAAUGUCCCGAGGUUGAUUUUCAACCAGGUAGUGUUGAAGGAUCGCCAUCAAAAUUUAAACUGCCAACAAUCAAAUUACCUAAGUUGGGUGUGGCUUUACCUCAGGUCAGUGUGGAAGUCCCUGAUAUGGACAAAGAGAUCAAGGUGGAGGGACCAGUUGUAAAAUCACCAGAAUUAAAAGUGGGAGAUAAAAUUCCUGAUGUUGCUACAGAUGUUGAUGUCAAAAUGAAAAGAUCGAAAUUUUCAUUUCCCAAAUUCUCAUUGACAAAGCAAAGUAGCAAAGAGUCAGAAGUUGAGCAAGAUAUCCCAGAUGUUGAUGUUUCGAUUCCAGCAGGGAAACUGGAUAUCACUUCACCAGAAGUAGAGUUUCAAUCACCAGAUGUAGACAUGAAAAUAGAUGGCCAGGAGAGCAAGUUCAAAAUGCCAAAAUUUGGUAUCGCCAUGCCAAAAAUGAAAGGACCCGACUUUGAUAUAAGCUUAUCAAAGAAAGAUGGAGACAUCAAAUUCCCGGAAGCUGAAGUUGAGCUCCCCGAUGUUGACGUGAAACUACCAUCAGCCAAAGUGGAAAUAGAAGGUUCCGAGGUUGAUUUUCAACCAGGUAGUGUUGAAGCAUCGGCAUCAACAUUUAAAAUGCCAACAUUCAAAUUACCCAAAUUAGGUGUAGCUUUACCUCAGGUCAGUGUGGAAGGACCUGAUAUGGACAAAGGGAUCAAGAUAGAGGGAGCAGAUGUAAAAUCACCAGAAUUGAAAGUGGGAGAUAAAAUUCCCAAUGUUGCUACAGAUGUUGAUGUCAAAAUGAAAAGAUCAAAAUUCUCAUUCCCCAAAUUCUCAUUAACAAAGCAAAGCAGCAAAGAGUCAGAAGUUGAGAUUGAUCUCCCAGAUGUUGAUGUUUUGAUUCCAGAAGGGAAAUUAGAAAUCACUUCACCAGAAGUAGAGUUUCAAAAACCAGAUAUUGAUGUCAAUAUAGGUGGUCAGGAGAGCAAGUUCAAAAUGCCAAAGUUUGGCAUCACCAUGCCAAAAAUGAAAGGACCCGACUUUGAUAUAAGCUUAUCAAAGAAAGAUGGUGAUAUCAAACUCCCCAAAGGUGAAGUUGAACUCCCGGAUGUUGAUGUUAAACUUUCAUCAGCUAAAGUAGAUAUUGAAGCUCCUAAAAUUGAAGCUCAACAUGGUAGCCUGAAAGGAUCACCAUCAAAAUUCAAAUUACCAACAAUCUCAUUCCCAAAAUUCUCAUUAACCAAGCAAAGUAGCAAAGAAACUGAAGUUGAUCUUGACCUCCCAGGUGUUGAUGUUUCUAUUCCAGAGGGAAAUUUGGAGGUCACUCUACCUCAAGUAGAGUUCCAAUCACCAGAAGGCCAAGAGAGCAAGUUUAAAAUGCCCAAAUUUGGCAUCUCCAUGCCAAAAAUGAAAGGACCUGACUUGGAUAUCAGCUUUUCACAGAAAGAUGGAGAGAUCAAACUUCCAGAAGCUGAAGUUGAACUCCCCGAUGUUGACGUUAAACCACCAUCAGCUAAAGUGGAAAUAGACGGUCCUAAAAUUGAAGCUCACCCAGGUAGUGUGGAAGGAUCGCCAUCAAAAUUCAAACUGCCAACAUUUAAAUUACCCAAAUUGGGUGUGGCUUUACCUCAGGUCAGUGUGGAAGUCCCUGAUAUAGACAAGGAGCUCAAGGUAGAGGGACCACAUGUAAAAUCACCAGAAUUAAAAGUGGAAGCAAAAAUUCCUGAUGCUGCCUCAGAAAUUGAUGUCAAAAUGAAAAAUUCUAAAUUCUCAUUGCCCAAAUUCUCACUAACCAAGCAAAGUAGCAAAGAAUCUGAAGUUGAUAUUGACCUCCCAGAUGUUGAUGUUUCUGUUCAAGCAGGGAAACUGGAAAUCACUUCACCAGAUGUUGAUGUCAAUGUAGAUGGUCAGGAGGGCAAGUUCAAAAUGCCCAAAUUUGGCAUCUCCAUGCCAAAAAUGAAAGGACCUGAUUUUGAUAUAAGCUUAUCAAAGAAAGAUGGCGAGAUCAAAAUCCCAGAAGCUGAAGUUAAACUCCCAGAUGUCGAUGUUAAACUGCCGUCCGUUCAAGUGGACAUUGAAGCGCCUAAAACUGAAGGUUGUGUUGAAGGAUCACCAUCAAAAUUCAAAUUACCAACAAUCUCAUUCCCCAAAUUCUCAUUAACCAAGCAAAGUAGCAAAGAGGCUGAAGUUGAUAUUGACCUCCCAGAAGUUGAUGUUUCCAUUCCAGAGGGAAAAUUGGAGGUCACUCUUCCUCAGGUAGAGUUUCAAUCACCAGAAGCUAAUCUCAAUAUAGAAGGCCAAGAGAGCAAGUUUAAAAUGCCAAAAUUUGGCAUUGCCAUGCCAAAGAUGAAAGGACCCGACAUUGAUAUAAGCUUAUCAAAGAAAGACGGCGAGAUCAAACUCCCAGAAGCUGAAGUUGACGUUGAUGUUAAACUUCCAUCAGCUAAAGUGGAAAUAGAAGGUCCUGAGGUUGAUUUUCAACCAGGUAGUGUUGAAGGAUCGCCAUCAAAAUUCAAACUGCCAACAAUCAAAUUUCCCAAAUUCUCAUUUUCAAAGCAAAGUAGCAAAGAGUCAGAAGUUGAGAUUGGUCUCCCAGAUGUUAAUGUUGCUAUUCCAGAGGGAGAUUUGGAGGUCACUUCACCAAAAGUCGAUUUUAAAUCACCAGAUGUUGAUGUCAAUAUAGAUGGUCAGGAGAGCAACUUCAAAAUGCCAAAAAUGAUAGGACCCGACUUUGAAAUAAGCGUAUCAAACAAAGAUGGAGACAUCAAACUUCCGGAAGCUGAAGUUGAACUCCCAGAUAUUGGUAGUGUUGAAGGAUCGCCAUCAAAAUUCAAAUUACCAACAAUCUCAUUUCCAAAAUUCUCAUUAACGAAACAAAGUAGCAAAAAGGCUGAAGUUAAGAUUAAUCUCCCAGAUGUUGAUGUUUCUGUUCCAGCAGGGAAACUGGAAAUCACAUCACCAGAAGUAGAGUUUCAACCACCAGAUGUUGAUGUCAAUAUAGAUGGUCAGGAGAGCAAGUUUAAGAUGCCUAAAUUUGGCAUUGCCAUGCCCAAAAUGAAAGGACCUGACUUUGACAUAAGUUUACCAAAAAAAGAUGGAGGGACCAAAUUUGUGGAAGCUGAAGUUGAUCUCCCUGAUGGCGAUGUUAAACUACCAUCAGUUCAAGUGGAUAUUGAAGCGCCAAACAUUGAAGCUCAACCAGGUAGUGUUGAAGGAUCUCCAUCAAAAUCUAAACUGCCAACAUUCAAAUUACCAAAAUUGGGUGUGGCUUUACCUCAAGUCAGUGUUGAAGUACCUGAUAUGGACAAAGAGAUCAAGGUAGAGGGAGCAGACGUAAAAUCGCCGGAAAUAAAAGUGGAAGCUAAAAUUCCUGAUGCUGCUACAAAUGUUGAUGUCAAAAUGAAAAGGUCUAGAUUCUCAUUCCCCAAAUUCUCACUAACCAAGCAAAGUAGCAAAGAGUCAGAAGUUGAGAUUGAUGUCCCAGAUGUUGAUGUUUCAGUUCCAGCAGGGAAACUGGAAAUCACUUCACCAGAUGUUGAUGUCAAAAUAGAUGGUCAGGACAGCAAGUUCAAAAUGCCAAAAUUUGGCAUCGCAAUGCCAAAAAUGAAAGGACCCGACUUUGAGAUAAGCGUAUCAAAGAAAGAUGGAGAGAUCAAACUCCCAGAAGCGGAAGUUGAACUCCCAGAUAUUGAUUUUAAAUUACCAUCAGCUAAUGUGGAUAUUGAAGCUCCUAAAAUUAAAGGUAGUGUUGAAGGAUCACCAUCAAAAUUCAAAUUACCAACAAUGUCAUUUCCAAAAUUCUCAUUAACUAAACAAAGUAGCAAAGAGGCUGAAGUUGAGAUUGGUCUGCCAGAUGUUGAUGUUUCAGUUCCAGCAGGGAAACUGGAAAUCACAUCACCAGAAGUAGAAUUUCAACCACCAGAUGUUGAUGUCAAUAUAGAUGGUCAGGAGAGCAAGUUUAAGAUGCCUAAAUUUGGCAUCGCCAUGCCAAAAAUGAAAGGACUUGACUAUGACAUAAGUUUAUCAAAAAAAGAUGGAGGGAUCAAACUUGCGGAAGCUGAAGUUGAACUCCCAGAUGUCGAUGUUAAACUACCAUCAGUUCAAGUGGAUAUUGAAGCGCCUAAAAUUGAAGCUCAACCAGGUAGUGUUGAAGGAUCUCCAUCAAAAUUCAAACUGCCAACAUUCAAAUUACCAAAAUUGGGUGUGGCUUUACCCCAGGUCAAUGUUGAAGUACCUGAUAUGGACAAAGAGAUCAAGGUGGAGGGAGCAGAUAUAAAAUCACCAGAAAUAAAAGUGGAAGCUAAAAUUCUUGAUGCUGCUACAGAUGUUGAUGUCAAAAUGAAAAGGUCGAGAUUCUCAUUCCCCAAAUUCUCACUAACCAAGCAAAGAAGCAAAGAGUCAGAAGUUGAGAUUGAUAUUCCAGAUGUUGAUGUUUCCAUUUCAGAAGGGAAAUUAGAAAUCACUUCACCAGAAGUAGAGUUUCAAACACCAGAUGUUGAUGUCAAUAUAGAUGGCCAGGAGAGCAAGUUCAAAAUGCCAAAGUUUGGCAUCACUAUGCCAAAAAUGAAAGGACCCACCUUGGACAUAAACCUAUCCAAGAAAGAUGGUGAGAUUAAACUCCCACAAGCUAAAGUAGAACUUCCAGAUGUUGAUGUUAAACUACCAUCAGCUAAAGUGGAAAUAGAAGGUCCUAAAACUGAAGCUAAACCAGGUAGCGUGGAAGGAUCGCCAUCAAAAUUCAAAUUACCAACAAUCUCAUUUCCAAAAUUAUCAUUAACCAAACAAAGUAGCAAAGAAUCUGAAGUUGAGAUUGGUCUUCCAGAUGUUGAUGUUUCAGUUCCAGGAGGUAAUCUGGAAAUCACUUCACCUAAACUAGAGUUUCAACCACCAGAUGUUGAUGUCAAUAUAGAAGGGCAGGAGAGCAAAUUUAGAUUCCCAAAGUUUGGCAUCUCCAUGCCAAAAGUAAAAGGGCCUGACAUUGACAUAGGUUUGGCAAAGAAAGAUGGCGAUAUCACAUUCCCAGAGGCAGAGGUUCAACUCAAAGAAGCUGAAAUGAAAUUACCAUCUGGAAAUGUGGAGAUUGAAGAUUCAAAGAUUCAAGUUCAGCCAGGUAGCGUUGAGGGAUCUCCUUCAAAAUUCAAAUUGCCAACAUUCAAAUUACCCAAAUUGGGUGUGGCUUUACCUCAAGUCAGUGUAGAAGUCAGUGAUAUCGACCAAGAGAUCAAAGUGGAGGGAGCAGAUGUAAAAUCACCAGAAUUAAAAGUGGGAGCUAAAAUUCCUGAUGUUGCUACAGAUGUAGAUGUCAAAAUGAAAAGAUCAAAAUUCUCAUUCCCCAAAUUCACAUUAACAAAGCAAAGUAGCAAAGAGUCAGAAGUUGAGAUUGAUCGCCCAGAUGUUGAUGUUUCUGUUCCAGCAGGGAAACUGGAAAUCACAUCACCAGAAGUAGUGUUUCAACCACCAGAUGUUGAUGUCAAUAUAGAUGGUCAGGAGAGCAAGUUAAAAAUGCCAAAUUUUGGCAUCGCAAUGCCAAAAAUUCAAGGACCCGACUUUGAUAUCAGCUUAUCAAAGACCGGUGGAGACAUCAAAUUACUGGAAGCUGAAGCUGAGCUCCCCGAUGUUGAUGUUAGACUACCAUCAGUUCAAGUGGAUGUUGAAGUGCCUAAAAUUGAAGCUCAACCAAGUAGUAUUGAAGGAUCGCCAUCAAAAUUCAAACUACCAACAAUAAAAUUCCCCAAAUUCUCACUAACUAAGCAAAGUAGCAAAGAGGCUGAAGUUAAGAUUGAUCUCCCAGAUGUUGAUGUUUCUGUUCCAGCAAGGAAACUGGAAAUCACUUCACCAGAAGUAAAAUUUCAACCACCAGAUGUUGAUGUAAAAAUAGAUGGUCAGGAGAGCAAGUUUAAAAUGCCAAAGUUUGGAAUCACCAUGCCAAAAAUGAAAGGACCCGACUUUGAUAUAAGCUUAUCAAAGAAAGAUGGUGAGAUCAAACUCCGGGAAGGUGAAGUUGAACUCCCGGAUGUUGAUGUUAAACUUCCAUCAGCUAAAGUAGACAUUGAAGCUCCGAAAAUUGAAGCUCAACCUGGUAGCGUGGAAGGAUCGCCAUCAAAAUUCAAAUUACCAACAAUCUCAUUCCCCAAAUUCUCACUAACCAAGCAAAUUAGUAAAGAAACUGAAGUUGAUCUUGACCUCCCAGGUGUCGAUGUUUCUAUUCCAGAGGGAAAUUUGGAGGUCACUCUACCUCAAGAGUUUCAAUCACCAGAACCUAAUGUAAAUAUACAAGUCCAAGAGAGCAAGUUUAAAAUGCCCAAAUUUGGCAUCUCCAUGCCAAAAAUGAAAGGACCGGAGUUGGAUAUCAGUUUAUCACAGAAAGAUGGCGAGAUCAAACUUCCAGAAGCUGAAGUUGAACUCCCCGAUGUUGAUGUUAAACUACCAUCAGCUAAAGUGGAAAUAGAAGGUCCUAAAAUUGAAGCUCACCCAGGUAGUGUGGAAGGAUCACCAUCAAAAUUCAAACUGCCAACAUUUAAAUUGCCCAAAUUGGGUGUGGCUUUACCUCAGGUGGAAGUCCCUGAUAUCGACAAGGAGAUCAAAGUAGAGGGACCGCAUCUAAAAUCACCAGAUUUAAAAGUAGAAGCAACAAUUCCUGAUGCUGCCUCAGAAAUUGAUGUCAAAAUGAAAAAGUCUAAAUUCUCAUUGCCCAAAUUCUCACUAACCAAGCAAAGUAUUAAAGAAUCUGAAGUUGAUAUUGACCUCCCAGAUGUUGAUGUUUCUGUUCAAGCAGGGAAACUGGAAAUCACUUCACCAGAUGUUGAUGUCAAUAUAGAUGGUCAGGAGGGCAAGUUUAAAAUGCCCAAAUUUGGCAUCUCCAUGCCGAAAAUGAAAGGACCUGAUUUUGAUAUAAGUUUAUCAAAGAAAGAUGGUGAGAUUAAAAUCCCAGAAGCUGAAGAUGAACUCCCAGAUGUCGAUGUUAAACUACCGUCCGUUCAAGUGGACAUUGAAGCGCCUAAAACUGAAGGUUGUGUUGAAGGAUCACCAUCAAGAUUCAAAUUACCAGCAAUCUCAUUCCCCAAAUUCUCAUUAACCAAGCAAAGUAGCAAAGAGGCUGAAGUUGAUAUUGACCUCCCAGAAGUUGAUGUUUCCAUUCCAGAGGGAAAUCUGGAGGUCACUCUUCCUCAGGUUCAAUCACCAGAAGCUAAUGUCAAUAUAGAAGGCCAAGAGAGCAAGUUUAAAAUGCCAAAAUUUGGCAUCGCCAUGCCAAAGAUGAAAGGACCCGACAUUGAUAUAAGCUUGUCAAAGAAAGACGAAGAGAUCAAACUUCCAGAAGCUGAAAUGGAACUCCCGGAUGUCGAUGUUAAACUUCCAUCAGCUAAAGUGGAAAUAAAAGGACCUGAUGUUGAUUUUCAACCAGGUAGUGUUGAAGGAUCGCCAUCAAAAUUCAAAUUGCCAACAAUCAAAUUUCCCAAAUUCUCAUUUUCAAAGCAAAGUAGCAAAGAGUCAGAAGUUAAGAUUGGUCUCCCAGAUGUUGAUGUUUCCGUUCCAGAGGGAAAUUUGGAGGUCACUUCACCAAAAGUCGAUUUUAAAUCACCAGAUGUUGAUGUCAAUAUAGAUGGUCAGGAGAGCAAGUUUAAAAUGCCUAAAUUUGGCAUUGCUAUGCCAAAAAUGAAAGGACCUGACUUUGACAUAAGUUUAUCAAAAAAAGAUGGAGAGAUCAAACUUCAGGAAGCUCAAGUUGAACUCCCAGCUGUUGAUGUUAAACUACCAUCAGGUCAAGUGGAUAUUGAAGCGCCUAAAAUUGAAGAUCAACCAGGUAGUGUUGAAGGAUCUCCAUCAAAAUUUAAACUGCCAACGUUCAAAUUACCAAAAUUAGGUGUGGCUUUACCUCAGGUCAAUGUUGAAGUACCUGAUAUGGACAAGGAGAUCAAGGUGGAGGGAGCAGAUAUAAAAUCACCAGAAAUAAAAGUGGACGCUGAAAUUCCUGAUGCUGCUCCAGACGUUAAUGUCAAAAUGAAAAGGUCAAAAUUCUCAUUCCCAAAAUUCUCAUUAACAAAGCAAAGUAGCAAAGAGUCUGAAGUUGAGAUUGAUAUCCCAGAUGUUGAUGUUUCGAUUUCAGAAGGGAAAUUAGAAAUCACUUCACCAGAAGUAGAGUUUCAAACACCAGAUGUUGACGUCAAUAUAGAUGGCCAGGAGAGCAAGUUCAAAAUGCCAACGUUUGGCAUCGCCAUGCCAAAAAUGAAAGGACCCGAUUUUGAUAUAAGUUUAUCAAAGAAAGAUGGAGGAAUCAAACUCCCCGAAUCUGAAGUUGAACUCCCAGAUAUUGAUGUUAAACUACCAUCAGCUAAAGUUGAUAUUGAAGCCCCUAAAAUUGAAGGCAGUCUUGAAGGAUCACCAUCAAAAUUCAAAUUACCAACACUCUCAUUUCCAAAAUUCUCAUUAACCAAACAAAGUAGCAAAGAGGCUGAAAUUGAGAAUGGUCUCGCAGAUGUUGAUGUUUCAGUUCCAGCAGGGAAACUGGAAAUCCCUUCACCAGAAGUAGAGUUUCAACGACGUGAAGUUGAUGUAAAUAUAGAAGGCCAAGAGAGCAAGAUUAAAAUGCCAAAAUUUGGCAUCUCCAUGCCAAAAAUGAAAGGCCCCAAUAUUGACACAAGUUUACCCAAAAAAGAUGGAGCGGUCAUACUCUCAGACGCUGAAGUUGAACUCCCACAUGUUGACGUUAAACUACCAUCAGUUCAAGUGGAUAUUGAAGCUCAACCAGGUAGUGUUGAAGGAUCCCCAUCAAAAUUCAAAUUACCAACAAUUAAAUUACCAAAAUUGGGUGUGGCUUUACCUCAGGUCAGUGUGGAAGGACCUGAUAUGGACAAAAGGAUCAAGGUAGAGGGAGCAGAUGUAAAAUCACCAGAAUUAAAAGACGAGGCUAAAAUUCUUGAUGCUGCAACAGAUGUCAAUGUCAAAAUGAAAAGGUCUAAAUUCUCAUUCCCAAAAUUCUCAUUAUCCAAACAAAGUAGCAAAGAGGCUGAAGUUGAGAUUGAUCUCCCAGAUGUUGAUGUUUCGAUUCCAGAAGGGAAAUUAGAAAUCACUUCACCUAAAGUAGAGUUUCAAACACCAGAUGUUGAUGUCAAUAUAGACGGUCAGGACAGCAAGUUCAAAAUGCCAAAGUUUGGCAUCACCAUGCCAAAAAUGAAGGGACCCGACUUUGAUAUAAGCUUAUCAAAGAAAGAUGGAGAGCUCAAACUCGCAGAAGCUGAAGUUGAGCUCCCCGAUGUUGACGUUAAACUACCAUCAGCCAAAGUGGAUAUUGAAGUGCCUAUAAUUGAAGCACAACCAGGGAGCGUGGAAGUGUCACCAUCAAAAUUCAAACUACCGACUUUCUCAUUUCCCAAAUUCUCUAUCACUAAGGAUAGUAAAGACUCUGUAGUUGAUAUUGAUCCAGAUGUUAAUGUUUCUGUUCUGAAAGGAAAAAUGAAAACUUCACCUAAAGUGGAGUUUCAACCACCAGAAGUGGAUGUUAACAGCAAGAUUACAAUGCCAACAUUUGGCAUUUCCAUGCCAAAAGCUAAAAGCCCUGACAUUGACAUAAGCUUGUCAAAGAAAGAUGGAGCUAUCACACUGCCAGUUGUUGACCUUAAACUCCAAGAAUCUGAAAUGAAACCACCAUCUGUUAAAGUGGAAACAGAAGGCACUAAGAUUGAAGCUCAAAGAAGUAGUAUUGAAGUUUCUCCAUCAAAAUUCAAAUUACCAUCUUUCAAAUUGCCUAAAUUUGGAGGUUCUCCACCAAAAGUUGAAGUGCCUGAUGUGGGUAAAGACACAGAAACUGAUGGCAUAAAGUCAGAGAUACCUGAAGAUGAUGCAAAGCAGGUGGUUUCAACACCCAGCAUUGACAUUGAAGGCCAGUCUAUGGAAGUGACAACUCCAGGAGGGGAACUCGGAGGAUUAGGAAUCAAACUGAAACUAUUACCAGAUGUUGAGGCUGAGCUGCCGGAUGUUGAAGUUGAACAAUUGGAAAGUACCAUUUCAGGCCCAGAAGCACCAAAGACUGAGGUUGACGUCAAGUUGAGCAAAGGGACAGGGAAUGACGCUCCGAGUCCCGUCUCUCCGAGCAAAUUCAAACUACCGUCUUUCAAAAUGCCAAGGCUAGCAUUUUCACGACAAAAACCAGAAGGAGAAAGUGUCUCACCUGACACAGAAUAUAAAGACAAUCAACCAGAGAUGAAAGCUGAACUGAAUGGAGAUGGUAAACCAUUGCAAGCCACUCCCACAUCAUUUGGAGCUGUCCUUGAAAAUCUUGACAUUGAAUUUGAUGUGUCAAAAACUGAAAAAGAGGAAGAAGACCCAGACGCCACGAAGGAAGUCAUAGAAUGGAAGGGCAAGGAGCCCAAGCAACAAGUGACCAAAAGUCCUGAGCGCACAGGAUGGUUUAGGUUUCCAACAUUUGGGCUCUCGUCACCUUCGGAACCUGCCAAAACGCCCUGCAAAAAUGACCAGAAAGAUCAAAAGAGCCCACCAGGAGAACAUGAAGAGGACAUGAGCCCAACUUGUUCUGUGCAGUCUUCCGACAUCUUUGCUGACAUCAGCUCAACAGCGACAAGCGAGUAUGUCAGUUUGCCCUCUUCUCCUCCAACCAAGGUCAUGGCCAAAUAUUCUGAUCUGAACCUACCUGCAGAUAUGGGAGAGAUGAAUGUCCAGACUUCCACUGCCAGGUCAGAGCUGAUCACAGUCGAGUCAAAUUUACCAGAGAAGAUAACUAUUCUGUCAUCUGAGGUCUUGUCUUCCUCUGAGGAAACUCUCAGAGUGGCGUCGGAGAAAAUACACGUCUUUACAUCCAAUGUACAAGUAGGCCCUGAAUCACAUCACACCAAACUUCUGUCUGCCGUCCAGUCGGCAGCCGAAGCCGGCCAAUCGUCGUCAUCGUGGACAGUGGAGAGUUCACAGAGCAGCAGGAGGACAGUGUCGCAGAAACGUAUUGUCCGCGAAACGUCGCGCGAAAGCACAGAAACCUUUGUGAUUACCAAACAGAUCACCAAAACCAUCGACCCCACUGAGUUCUUCGCCAACGAGGAGGCGGCUUCGUCCAUCCAGCGUCUCAGAGAAUCCGUUCACUCGGAGAAAAUGAGAUUUUUUGACGGUGCUGAGAAGUGAGGUGCUAGCUAAAUCAACUUCCUUGGUCUAAAAGUAGAACUUUGUCAGUGUUUAAUCGAAAGCAGGUAUUAAUGGAACCUCUGGCUGCAUGUUGCAGAAUGAAAAAGAGAUGGACAAAGUGUUUUGGCAGAAGGAAAACGCAAUGAAAUUGUUAAUAAGCUAUGUAUCUAGGUGUCUUAUUUCAGGGCUUCCCUAAAUAUGCUUACGUGUGGUACAGAAAAUGUUUACUAGCUGCAUUUGUGCUCAACCAUCACAAGGGUGUUAACGAUGAGGCUAUAGCAAAAUGAAUGUUUACGAUAGUCAUAAAACACUGUGUGUCUGUGAGAGAGUGUGUGUGCGUGUGUGUGUGUGUGUGUGCGUGCGUGCGUACGUGUCUACGCGCAUGUGUGUGUGUCUGUGUAUCCGCUGAGGUAUUCUUGUUGAUGCAGUAUAGGAAACACACAAAGAAAUGUAACUGUUACGAUGAUGACAAAGUGUACUGCUGUAUUUUUUAUUCCUAUUUUUGCUUAAAUCUCAUUUGCAUAUGUAUCAGCAGUGCAUUCUCAGCCAGUGUGAAUAAUAAUAAAGCUGUGUAAAUAGCUUUUAAUGAUCUCUGGACUAAUCCAUAUGCUUCAACUCCAAAUGUUUGCAAUAUACACAUCAAUAAAUACGUAUUAUUAGUCCAA